AGUAGGAAUUACGGUCCAAAAAAAUUUAUCGAUAACGAUUUUUUUUAUUUUACACCAGUUCAAGACUCCAGAAUUUUUUUCGUAAAGCUUCAACAACUUAUUCGCAUCGUCACCAAUUGUACUCGGGAUCAAGUAAUAUUCUAGGAGACUAGAUUAUUCUUUCGGUUCAGAGUGUUUGCAAUGCUUCGAUUGAGCAGUCGGAGCGCGCGCCGUAUCGGAACUUCAUAUAUAUGUACAUCAUGUCUUGUCGCUUGCCAUUCGACAAGAUCGCAGGCGCUGCGUCCCACCUUGAUCCCUAGCCAUCACGGCCGACAUCUAUCGACCACAUCGCGCCUACUUACGCCUACAACCGAAACCUCUACUACGACUAGUACCGAUGGCGCUGGAGACGUAAAGAUCCCACCACCAGAAGCGCCCAAGAAAAGGAAGAGGAAGAAGCCAAAAAAUGAGGAGAAGACUAUCGCUGCCCAGGCCGAGGGCGAACGUCAGCUUCAAGUGUUGCAAGGCGCACUUCAAGCACUGAAGAAUGUUCUUGCCGCACAGAAUAUCAGCGUCGAUCAGAUUGGCAAGCUCGGCACUCAGGUCGACCAGAACGGUCUACUGCUAGGAGGAGCUACCGAGAAGAAAGAGGAACAGACUGAACAGUCCUCAGAGAAGAAGGAAGCAAGGAAGAAGUCAAAACGAAAAGCAUCAGAUGACCAAGGUGCAACGGCAGCCGAUGCCGCGCCAGUCGAUGGUGCGCCAGCAAAACCCAAGAAGGCUGCGGGGAAGAAGGCGACAAAGCGUGAAAAGGUAAAGCAGAAGGCAGCUCCCAAAAAGGCCAGGCCGGCAUUCAGCAAAGUUCCACAGAAGGACAGACCUAAAAAGAAGACCCCUCCUCCAAGCCUAGGCAGCGGUGUUGUUUGGGGUGACUACAAGAUGAUAGGCGAAAAUGCAUCCGAAGGACCGGAGGAAGGUGGUAAAACCAAAUCAAAGACCGUGCCCCUAGAGAUCAGUUCUAUACGCGCCAGAGACCUUUUCCCAACACCUGUUUUGACAGAUCACCCGACGGUUCCUGGGUUAUCCUAUGGUCUCGAAAGAGUUUUGUUUAACCCCGGCGUGUACCAUCUACAGGAUCCCCGUUCCCGGGUUUACAACUUCGACCCGUAUCUCUCGGAAAUCAUGCCAAUUCAGGAAUUUGAUUUCAACGCCUUGAAGCAGUACGUCACAUCUUCUAAGGACAACACACUUAUCGGAAUUGCAAAAGAGCAUGGCAAGAAAUACACAGGUUCGACGUCGAGUAUGACAUCUAUGCUUUCCCAUUUCCAUUAUCUCUUAUCUGCCUGGCGAGAAAUAAAUACGGAAAUGCUGUCCAAGGGGUUCGUCACAGAAUCUCUUCAAUUUACCAAGAUCAUGAAAGGUCCGGCCGCAGUAUUCUUGCAUUGGAAAGAUGGCACCUACGCCAUAGACGCUGAUAAGGAAUUUGACUCGGCCAACAUCCUGAGUAUGCUUGGAAAGUCCAUGGAGAAACUUCUUACUGUUUCUAAAGAGGAAUACGAGAGGUACAGACAUAUCAAUUCUGACCAAAUUACUGAGGAAGAACGGAAUGCCGCAGAGGCCUUCCACUACACUAAGUUCCUCGAUUUCAUGAUGCGUUCUCAACUGGACGCGCAUGAUCCAAGGGUGCCUGGGUCGGGUAUGUUCGAUCUCAAGACUCGUGCGGUUGUGUCCAUUCGUAUGGAUGCGAAAGGAUUCCACAAGGGUCUCGGCUAUGAGAUUCGUAACCGAUUUGGCCAGUGGGAAUCAUUUGAGCGGGAAUACUACGACAUGAUUCGUUCUGCAUUCUUAAAAUAUUCCCUCCAAGUUCGCAUGGGUCGUAUGGAUGGCAUAUUUGUCGCAUUCCAUAACACCCAACGUAUCUUCGGCUUCCAAUACAUUCCACUAAGUGAAAUGGACCUUGCCUUGCACGGAACAUCGAACACAACUCUUGGAGACAGGGAAUAUAGGCUCAGUCUUGCGUUGCUUAACGAUAUCCUAGACCGAGCCACCAAGAAAUUCCCAGAGCAGUCCCUACGGCUACACUUCGAGACAAGGACGUCAGCGAACGCGCCGUUCAUGUAUAUUUUUGCGAAGCCAGUAUCCCAGCAAGAUAUUGACGAGGUUCAAAAUGCCAAUAGGGCGUCUAUUGAACAAUUUGAACGGGAGAUUCUUGGUCUGGCCAAGCAAGAGGCAGAGGUAGAGGCGGAAGCUGAAGCUGAAAUUGAAGCAGAGGCGGAAGCGGAAGCGGAAGCGCAGGCUGAGGCUGAGGCUGCUGAUAAAAAUGAGGAAGUGGUAAAGAAAGAGGUUGAGGUGGUUGAGGCGGUUGAAAAUUAUACAUCAGAAGAAACCUCGAGCCUGGCCGCUUGGAAUGAAGUACGCCAGAUGGUUGAAGAUGCUGUGGAUGACGACGAAGUUGGCGUCGGCGCUGUUCGAGAAGCAAUCGAAGACGCCCUGGAACAGAGUGGGCUCCUUCACGCGAAAUCAUCCACCGAAGCGCGAGGAUACGUUGAUGCCCUACUAAGUGCCAUUACCAACAGUGCAUCCAAACCAGAACCGACACUAGACGCGCCGGUCGAGGAAGAAGUGGCUGCCGAUGAGGAUGACUCCGCUGUGACUCAGGAAAUACCGGAGCCAGAAUCAGAACCCACUACCGAACAGUCCGCGUCUGAAGUUGAAGUAGAUUCUGAGCAGUCGCAAAUCGAAGAAAAGCCCGGAAAUACUUCUGGUGAAGAUGAGAGUGAGGAUUCUCCGAUAGAAGAAAUAAAAGAGAAUUCAGACGAAAGCUUAGAGGCGCAACCCGAGUCUGAACAGACAACAUCGCCCACGUCUAAUGAUGAGCCCAAGGAUGUCAUGCUUGAGCUGAAUGACUCGGCCUCCUUAGAGGAGGCAACAUCACAAACACAAACCGACGUCAAUGCAACAAGAGAGGUUGAAGAGGAAGGAGAGGAAGAGGAGGACCAGGAAGAAGAAGAGGAAGAAGCUGAUGAUAUUGAUGAUGAAUUAGAGGAAGGAGAAUCCAAGAGAGAUCUCAACACGGCUUCGUCUAUGUCGCCGUUGAAAGAUCUCAUCGUGAGAAUGGCUCAAAGGAUCGAUGAGAAAGCGCCGUCUGAUGAGGCUGAAGGCUCUAUAGAUGAUUCGUCCAAACUUAAGGAAUUUGAGCGAAUCCUUGGCGAACUCAUUGCUCGUUCCAAAGAUGAAGGAGCAGAACCUCGAACCGAUAACACUGGCUCUACUUCAGGGGCUCCGACAGAAUCGGGAGUCGAAGGCGAAGUUGAAAUCCUCGAGACUGAGGCUCAGAAAGCCGAGGGCACAGAAGGUGCUUCUCAGACAGAGGCUACCUCGGAAGAGGUUUCAGGUGAUGCUAAGCCGGCUGAAGAGGAGAUCGACGAGAACCUUCUGGGCAUGGUUUUAACCAUUAGAAACAAGGUUAACGGCGAAUACGUAAUGCGGCCCGGUGAGAUGAAGAAGGGUGACGAUUGGGUCGUGGAAUACAACAUCGAGGAGAUCGCACCUAAGCGGGCCAAUACCAUCUACAGGCAAAUACAGGCUCGACGACGCGCGGUGUUCGAGGACACGGGCAACAAGGAAUCGGAGUGGUACAAGAUGUUCCGCGGUAGACUCGAGCAGCACACGUUGUCGGGUCGUAAAUUCAGGGCCGCGGAGAACCUGAGAGCCCAGAACCACCCCGUCCACAUUAUGGGUUUCGAUAAGUCGCUGCCAUGGGAAGAAGUCUUUGGAAGGCCGAAAGACCCGCAACCAACGGGAAUCGAGCUGGAACAAUUACUGGAAGAACAGGAGGAAGAGCACUUGGAGACCCGGGUGGAGAGCAACCUCCAGGACCAAGUGAAGGAUCAGGUGCCGUACCAGGUGGAAAGCCAGGUGGAAAACCAGGCGGAAGCCCAAGCUGAAGACCAGGUAGAAGGCCAAGCGGAGAACGAAGUAAAGGAUGAAGGGGAGAGCCAAGUCGAGGGUGAAGCGAAGGACGAAGCGAAGGAGGAAGUAGCAGAUCAGACGGAGGACCAGGUGGAGAGCCAAGAGAAGGACGAAAUUAAGGACGAGGUGAAAAAUGAAGCGGAGGGUCAAGUGGAGGAUGAGGUAAAGGACAAGGAACAGGAUGAGCGGGAAAAUGAGAAAUAGGUUGGCUGAAGGAAAAAGGAAAAAAAAAAGAGCUGGAUAUUACGUCGAUCGUAGGCUCAUUCUGUCUGUCAUCUGUCUGUGACUCAUUACAUACACACAGUCCAGUGUACAACAUAAUAUGCGACCUACGGCGCUAUGAUAUUUAUACGACGAUGGCGUGAAAAAAAAUAUCGGAGGGUUUUAGGGGGCGACUUUCGCUGGCAGGGGGGGAAAUUUAUAAAAAAAGACAAGGAAGAAAAAACAAAAGGUAAGGAAAGAAGAUCUUGGGGCUAAUCUUCUCGCGCUGGCUAAUAUAGCAUAGCAAUUGGCAUAGCAAUUGGCAUUGACAUUGGCAUUGCUAGGCUCGCGGGCAGGAAAGCAGGACCGUCUCGACUCUGUAUAUUUAACGCUGUAUUAUGUAUAUGAUGUGUAUGAAUUUUAUAGCCUGAUAAAGAUAGACUUCGUUCAUAACAGGUACCUAUCUUACUUUGCCUAGAUACCUAGAUGGGAGGUCGGACUAGUUACUAUCAUGAUUGCUACAGUACUACGCCCGGGUUGUGUAUUAGAUAUAACUUAAAGGACCUAUUUUAACUUAUGUUGAUCUCCUCUCCAAUAUAGGAGGUAUCUACCUUGUAUAUAAUGUACCUCAUUACUCAAACGGUUAGACGAGGUGAAACCAAUUACUUAUUGACAAAGCUAC